CGCAUGCGCCUGGACGCCUGCCGGGGAGUAAGGAGUCGGGCGCGCAUGCGCUUGGAGGACGGCCGGAGACAGGAGCGCUGGGCGCGCGGCGUUGAGCCUUCUAGGCCGCCGUAGGGGUCCGGCGCGCGCACGCGGGCUCCCACCGACAAGAUGGCGGCGGCAUGGCCCCGGCCGGGGAAGCGUGGCGGAGGCGGCGGCGGAGGAGGAGGAGGAGGAGGCGGGCGGGGAGGCCCCGAGGAGGACCCGCCGCCCCCGCUGCAGGCCGUGCUGGUGGCCGACAGCUUCGACCGACGCUUCUUCCCCAUCUCCAAGGACCGGCCCCGGGUCCUCCUGCCCCUGGCUAACGUGGCCUUGAUCGAUUAUACUCUGGAGUUCCUAACGGCCACCGGCGUGCAGGAAACAUUUGUCUUUUGCUGCUGGAAGGCCGCUCAGAUCAAGGAGCACAUUCAGAAAUCCAAGUGGUGCCGCCCCACGUCCCCCAACGCGGUGCGGGUGGUCACGUCGGAGCUGUACCGUUCGCUGGGGGACGUGCUGCGGGACGUCGACGCCAAGGCCUUGCUGCGCUCCGACUUCCUGCUGGUCUACGGGGAUGUCGUCUCCAACAUCAACGUGGCCCGGGCCCUGGAGGAGCACAGGAUGCGGCGGAAGCUGGAGAAGAACGCGUCCGUGAUGACGAUGAUCUUCAAGGAGUCGUCUCCCGGCCAUCACACCCGCUGCCCCGAGGAUGACGUGGUAGUGGCCAUGGACAGUGCCACGAGCCGGGUCCUCCACUUCCAGAAGACCCACGGCCUUCAGCGCUUCUGUUUCCCCUUGAGCCUAUUCCAGGGCAGCGGCGAUGGAGUGGAGAUCCGCCACGACCUGCUGGACUGUCACAUCAGCAUCUGCUCCCCGCAGGUGGCUGAACUCUUCACGGACAACUUUGAUUACCAAACCAGGGAUGACUUCGUGAGAGGCCUCUUGGUGAACGAAGAGGUCCUGGGGAACCAAAUCCACAUGCACGUGACCUCAGGGGAGUACGGGGCCCGCGUCUCCAACCUCCUCAUGUACGAGGCCGUCUGCGCCGACGUGGUUCGCCGCUGGGUCUACCCGCUGACCCCAGAGAUGAACUUCACCGACAGCCCGGCCCGCAGCUGCACCCACUCCCGACACAACAUCUACCGGGGGCCCGAGGUCAGCCUGGGCCACGGCAGCGUCCUGGUAGAGAACGUCCUCCUGGGCCCCGGGGCCGUCAUCGGCCGCAACUGCUCCGUCACCGACAGCGUCAUCGGCCCCGACUGUCGCAUCGGUGACAACGUGGUGCUGGAUCAAGCUUAUCUCUGGCAAGGCGUGCAGGUGGCCACGGGGGCGCGGAUCCACCAGUCUCUGCUGUGUGACUUCGCCGAGGUCAAGGAGCAAGUCACGCUGAAACGCUGUGUCCUCACGUCCCACGUCGUGGUGGGCCCGGACCUGACACUGCCCGAGGGCUCCGUGAUCUCACUGCACCCUCCAGACGCCGAGGAGGACGAAGACGAUGACCAGUUCAGUGACGACUCCGGAGCUGACAAGGAGAAAGAGAAAGCGAAGCUGAAAGGUUACAACCCCACGGAAGUGGGGACGGCGGGCCAGGGGUACCUGUGGAAAGCUGCCGACGCAGACCGGGAAGAAGAGGAGGAACUGCGGCACAGCCUGUGGGGCCUCACGCUCAACCCAGAGGAGGAGAGCGAGACGGAGAGCGAGCAGAGCCUCGGCUCCGAGGAGCUGGACAGCCGGGGGGGCUCCCCACAACUAGACGACAUCAAAGUGUUCCAGAACGAGGUGCUGGGCACCCUGCAGCGGGGCGAAGAGGAGAACAUCUCCUGCGACAACCUGGUCCUGGAAAUCAACUCACUCAAAUACGCCUACAACAUCAGCUUGAAGGAAGUGAUGCAGGUGCUCAGCCGCGUGGUCCUGGAGUUCCCACUGCAGCAGCUCGACUCGCAGCUAGACCCCAACCGCUACUGUGGUCUCCUGCUGCCCCUGUUAAAGGCCUGGAGCCCCGUGUUUAAGAACUACAUCAAGCGUGCAGCCGACCAUCUGGAGGCCCUGGCCGCCAUCGAGGAUUUCUUCCUGGACUAUGAACCGCUCGGCACCUCCCUGGCCAAGGUGCUGAUGACUUUCUACCAGCUGGAGAUCCUGGCCGAGGAGACCAUCCUGAGCUGGUUCUGCCAGAAGGACACGACCGACAAGGGCCGGCAGUUACGCAAGAACCAGCGGCUCCAGAGGUUCAUCCAGUGGCUGAAGGAGGCCGAAGAGGAAUCGUCCGAGGAGGACCGGGACUGAAGCCGUGCCGGGACCUCCCACGGGCUGGCCCCGGAGCCUUUCCCAGUCCCCGGGGAAGGGUCGGGGAAGAACCGGGAGUCCGAGCCGCUACCGCCCGGCUGGAAAUCCCGGAAGCAGAGAUCGGAGGAGUGGUGGGAACCCCCCCCUCCCAUCCUCAUCUUACAGACCCCCGUUAACUGGGGAUGUGGGCUGAGGGGAGGGGGGAUCGACCAGCGCUAGGGAGUGCUCAUUGUGUGCGGAGCACACUGUAAUGAGGGCAUGGGAGGGUCCAAUAAAGUCGGUAGACUUUAAGGAACUUACAGUCCGGGGUCCUGGCCUGAGAAGGCCGUCCCUGGAAGCCAGGUGGCUGCUCGCGGCCCUUACGAUCUCACUCGCCCUCUCAGUUGAUAUGAGCAACCGACUCCUUUUGCUGCUUGUAUUUAUUAAUAAAAAUUUUAAGACUUUC